UGCUGCUGUUUGGAUGCAACUUUUUUCCCCUCUCAAGUUUUGUGUUUUUUUUCUUCUCCUCCUGAGCCAUGAACGCAUCAUAGAGACGACAGACAAGGACUGAGAAACUCUGCUGGAGGAGAUCCAAGAGGAAAAAAAAAAAAAGAAGCUGAAUAACUGCUCUUUUCUUCUUCUUCUUUUUGUUGUUGUUUCUGGGCUGAGAUACUGCUGCUCUGGGCUGAAGGCGAAGAAUCAGAGGAUGGCAGAGCUCAGGAGGAGAUGAGCAGAGGAGGUUUGUGUGAGGAACCAGAGAGCUGCACAACUCUUUUGUCCUGAGCCUUGCACACUUGGACUGGAGCUGACAAUGAAGAUGAGCUUGGAAUGCAGAUGGAUCGGUCAAGACAAGUUUCCAAUAUAGAGCUUGGUGUUUGGAGUUACACCUGACCCUGACUGUGUCUGAUGGAUUACAGUGUUUUCUUCGAGCUGCUGACAUGAAUCCAGAGGCCACUGAGAUGUGGAAGCGCUUGCCUUCAGGAGAAAUCUGAGACCUGGACGAGCCUUGGAGCGUUUAAAGUGAAGGAGUCGAACCAUGGACUUGUUAUGGUGUGGCAUCGGACUGAUCGCGUGCUGUUAACCCGCCUGUAGCGCCCUCUGCCCCCACCCCAUGUCACAUCUUUCCCUGAAUUAUGGAAAUUUUGUGGAAGACGCUGACUUGGACACUGAGCCUGGUGGUGAUGGCUGCUUCCGAAUUUCAGAGCGUCAACAGACUUUCGCACAACUCCCAAGAGGAGUUCCUUUCCUACCUGCAGCACUACCAGCUGACUGUCCCGGUGCGAGUGGAUGAGAACGGAGACUUCCUGAGCUACACUGUGAAGCACCACCGGCCGGGCCGACGGAGACGGGGGGCGGUGGACCCCGUAAUGGAACCCCAGCCAGUGUUAGACCCUCCGGAGCCCCGGCUGUUCUACAGACUGUCAGCCUACGGAAAGCACUUUCACUUAAACCUGACUCUCAGCCCCCACCUGGUGUCCAAACAUUUCACAGUGGAGUACUGGGGCAAAGAGGGGCUGGAGUGGCGCCAUAACAUGGUAGAUAACUGUCACUAUGUGGGAUUCUUGCAAAAUCAGCACAGCACGACCAGAGUGGCACUCAGCAACUGCAAGGGCCUGCAUGGUGUUAUAACAACAGAGGAAGAACAGUAUUUAAUAGAGCCUUUAAAGAACAUAUCCUCCGCCACCUCCAGUGAAUGGAACCUGGAAGAAGCACAGCAACAUGUUAUUUAUAAAAUGUCUGCCAUUCCCUCACCACAAGAGCAUAGCCAGGAGUUCAGCUGUGGCAUUUCAGACCUCAUUAAAAGCAGUGCACCUUGCCAGAUUAGCACACCUCAACCUGUCCACUCGUCCUCUGUCCCCCAAAACGACAUUGAGCAGUCAAACAGCACCCACAGACAGAGGCGCUCCGUCAGCACCGAGCGCUUCGUCGAGACCCUCGUGGUCGCUGAUAAAAUGAUGGUCGGCUACCACGGACGCAAAGACAUCGAGCACUACAUCUUGUCUGUGAUGAAUAUUGUUGCCAAACUUUACCGUGAUGCCAGUCUAGGAAAUGUUGUGAACAUUAUUGUGACCCGGCUGAUUGUUCUGACAGAAGAUCAGCCGAACCUGGAAAUUAAUCACCAUGCUGACAAGUCUCUGGACAGUUUCUGUAAGUGGCAGAAGUCCAUCCUGUCUCAUCACAGCGAUGGAAACAGUAUUCCAGAGAAUGGGAUGGCUCACCACGACAAUGCCGUCCUAAUCACCCGGUAUGACAUCUGCACCUACAAGAACAAACCCUGUGGUACUUUAGGUUUGGCCUCAGUGGCUGGAAUGUGCGAGCCGGAGAGAAGCUGCAGCAUCAAUGAAGACAUCGGCCUCGGUUCUGCUUUCACCAUUGCCCACGAGAUCGGCCACAAUUUUGGGAUGAACCACGAUGGGAUUGGGAAUUCCUGUGGCACCAAAGGCCACGAGACAGCCAAGUUGAUGGCCGCUCAUAUAACAGCCAACACCAACCCUUUCUCCUGGUCUGCCUGUAGCAAAGACUACAUCACCAGCUUUCUCGACUCAGGUCGGGGGACGUGUCUGGACAAUGAACCUCUGAAACGAGACUUCCUGUACCCAACAGUGGCCCCGGGGCAGGUGUACGAUGCAGACGAGCAGUGUCGCUUCCAGUAUGGAGCCUCCUCACGCCAGUGCAAGUAUGGGGAAGUGUGUAGAGAGCUCUGGUGCCUUAGCAAAAGCAACCGCUGUGUAACUAACAGUAUCCCUGCUGCAGAGGGGACUCUGUGCCAGACUGGCAGCAUCGAGAAGGGGUGGUGCUACCAGGGGGAGUGCGUGGCAUUCGGUACCUGGCCUCAGAGCGUGGACGGAGGCUGGGGGCCGUGGUCGCUGUGGGGGGAGUGCAGCAGGACCUGUGGGGGCGGUGUAUCCUCCUCCAUGAGGCACUGUGACAGCCCAGCGUAA